AUGGCCACUCUCGCUGUUUGGGGUCUUGUCUGGGAGGACUUGAGUCAUACUUGCAUGGUUUCUCUUGUGCCUGCACAUAAUGAGUCUCACCCCUGGUUCUGCUUUUCUGAGCUUGAGGCUCACCGAGAUCAAACAAGUGGAGAUAAAGUAUCUCUAUUGAAAGCAAAAGGUUACAUUAAGUGGCAUUUAAAUGGCUGUGAGUGCCUAAUGAAGAUCAAGGUCAUCGGUGAUAGGUUCACCCAUGAGCAUAAGCACUGGUCCCUUGUCAUUAUCGAGAUUCUUCGUCUCGAUGUAGAGGAGAUGCCAGGACUGAGUCAUCCUGAUGGUGAGCUUGACUGGGGGAAUAUCAUGUCAUGCUGCCAGUUUAAGACAGGCCAGGGCUUCAGCUAUGAGGAAGGCAUUGUUGCAGACAACGUUUUCUUGGAAAGCCACAAUAACCCAGGCGAGAGCUUUGGGAUUGAAGGGGAUGAAGUUUCAAACUAUACAAGAGGAGAUGGCAAAACUUUGGUGCCACAGCAAGUAGAAAGCCAUGAUAGUGCCUUUGUCUGGGAAGUUGAAACCUUCGAGGAAUUCUGUGAGGAGAAUGUCGGCACACAGGUUUUCAGAGUAGAAUUUGGGUCCAGCGCCAUAGGGGAUUGCUGCGAUGAAGGAGUUCGGGGAGGCCAUGAUGUCGCUUCAGAGGUCUUCUGGGAAACCUGCAGUGAGGUGGUUCCAGGGUAUGUAUAUCUUGGGGAAGGUGGCAUCGGUGAAGGGGGUGGCAGAUCCUGCCAGGAGGAUAGAGGGUUUUUCACCGGAGCGGGAGAGUUUGUUGUAGAGGAAAGCCUCUUCAGCCAUGGGCAGUUUAUGCAAUCUACAAGUAGUACAGAGAGCUACAGUGGAGGCUUCGCGCUGGUAGCUAAAUACUACAUAAAGAAUGAAAGCAUGGCAGUACAGAAUGGACUUAGAAACGACGUCUCGAAGAGUCAAUUCUACCAGCCAUCAACAUGCCAAGCUAAGCCCCACCUAAACAAGACUAUUACAGUCAAAUCUCAGGGACUCAUCUGUAUGGAGUAUAAAAACCAAGAAGUUGAAGAAUGGAAUGAACUAGAUGCCUCGUUGCCUCAAUGA